GAGCUCUCCCCUCCGUCCCUUUAGCAGACCAUUAUUUACCUACCCACCUCUACGGAAUACACAUAAGCUCUCUCUUUACAUACUAUUUAACCGCCAUGCCCCCGCGCAAGAAAGCCAAACUCACCCCCCAAAAUGAGAAUGCCGAGCCGUCCGCAAGCACCGCUGACCAGCCAACAACCGCGGAUUACGACCCAGUGACAGAUCCCUGGACGGACGAGCAAGAGACCGCGUUAUUGAAGGGGAUCAUAAAAUGGAAGCCUGUCGGCAUGCACAAGCACUUCCGCAUGAUCGCAAUUUCGGAGUUCAUGAAAAGCCAAGGAUAUGCCCCCGCGCACGCAGAACACACACGGAUACCAGGGAUAUGGAAAAAGCUGGGGACAUUAUACAAUCUUCCGGCUUUGGAUGAACGGGAAGAUUCAUUGAUAACAGACACCGCCGAGGACUCGAAGGAAUUCUACUGCCCGUUCGAAUUACCCCAGGACGAAUACGGAGAAUUGAUGUUCGAACGGCGACUGGCGAUGGAAGGGACCGCGUCUCCUGAUCCUAGCACGCAUGCGGGAUCGAGGAGGGGGAGCACGGUGGCUGAUACGGACGAACCUCGCUCUUCCCCCGCGCCAUCACGAGGACGGAAAUCAGGCCGUGGCGGGCGCACCGCUGGACGAGGGACGCGUUCGUCGCGUCUUCAUGUCGAGGUUGAACCGCCAGCGAAGGGUUCCGGAGCUGCGGAGGAAGAAGGGGAUUCUGGCGAGGAGACAGGUGCGAAUGAAGAUGGCGAUGAAGAUGGUUCAGACGCUGCGAAGGAUGAUAGUGAGGUCGAUGAGGAAGCGGAAGGGGGAUCACCUACGACGCGAAGUACGCGCGCCCAGACAUCGAGGACGAAACAGAAGGGAAGAAGUGCAGCAGGCACGGGAACUCGGAGGGGUCGACGGCGUCAGCCUUGAUAUUGAUAUGUGCUUUCCUGCUGACGUUCGUUGGCUCUGUCUGUAACAAAUACGUCGAUAAUGAUACCUUGGGAGAACUAGGCGUUUUGAUGGGGC